GCGUGGACUCAGCGGGGAGCAGCUGCUCUUUACUCCCCGUCCGGUACCCGCCAGAAACCUGCGAGCGUCGAAAAACGGAUUUUAUUGGAGCUUUGAGAGCAUUUUAACGGAUUUUGUUAUGUUACCUGAGUGAAAGUAAAUCUCCACUGAGAGCUUCAAACUGUGAAACUACCUGCUGCUGGUCGCUGGAAGCGCUUUGUCAUGUCGUUACUGUGUGUCAGAGUGAAAAAAGCCAAGCUCCAAGGACCACCAGAUAAGUUCAACACCUACGUGACGCUGAAGGUCCAGAAUGUGAAAAGCACGACCAUCACGGUGCGCGGCGACCAGCCCUGCUGGGAGCAGGACUUCAUGUUUGAGAUCAACCGGCUGGACCUGGGGCUCAUUGUGGAGGUGUGGAACAAAGGCCUGAUCUGGGACACCAUGGUGGGAACGGCCUGGAUCCCCCUGAAAAACAUCCGCCAGUCUGAGGAGGAAGGUUCAGGCGAGUGGAUCUUCCUGGACGCAGAGGUUCUGAUGAAGGCUGAUGAGAUUUACGGCACCAAGAACCCGACGCCCCACCGAGUCCUGCUGGACACGCGCUUCGAGCUGCCGUUCGAUAUCCCAGAGGAUGAAGCGCAGUAUUGGACAGGGAAGCUGGAGCGAAUCAAUAUGGGAAUCCAUGAUGAGUUUCCUCUUCCAGAUGAGGACCAGAGGACUCCGCUGCAGUGUGCACCCUCCCAGUGCUGCAACUAUUUCGGAUGGGCUGACCCACUGACUUUGGACGACCAGGACAGCGCCGUGGACGACCGGGAUAGCGACUACCGCAGCGAGACCAGCAGCAGUUUGCCGCCUCGGUACCACACCACGGCCCAGCCCAACUCGUCCGUCCACCAGUUCCCCAUGGGGCCCCGCGGCGCCCAGCUGCAGCCACACUGCUGCACCGACUCGGUCCACAGCUUGGACCUGGACUACCGGGACCAGAGAGGAAGCAGAUCUUUAAACCAGAAGGGAAGAGUUAGAAUAAUACCUGUAGAUUCUGGCAUGGGGUUUGAAGAGUGGGAAAACAAAUACAAAGGACGAUCAAAGCCUCAGCUGAGCGACUUCCUGGAUGACAAGGAAGACACCGUAAUCUUUCGAAUGGGAAGACCUUACCCGGAGCCGACGAGAACAACAGUCAAUCAACCUCAGAGCAGUUUUCGGGCUGCAACUUACCCUGAAAGCUAUGACACUAUUGACCGAAGGAGAAAGAAAAAAAUAAUGGACCCUGGAGGGCUUCUCCGCAACCACGGAGAAGAGACGCCUGCCGAUCGUCUUGCAAAGUUUCCGGAGAGAAGAGGGGAGUCAUUCCUGCGACAGGUAGCAGAGAUGCAGGAGGAAGAGGAGCGCUUCAUGACUUCAUCGUGCCUCAGGCCGUACAAAGACGGACUUCUCUACAAAACAAGGAUGUGGGCGAAAAAUGACCUGGAUAACACUUUGGAGAACUAUGUAGCAUAUAAAAAAGGGUGCGAACCUCAUCCGAAAGCGCGGUUUGACUUUGAAUUUGACUGCAGGGAUGCUACGUACCCUCCAGCGGUCAAUAAACAUACUAAUGACUUUGUGGCUGGAGACUUUUACGAGCAGCAUCACAAGGAGCGGCAUCCCAAUGAGGCUACAUGGAGUAUCCCCAGGGUCUCCGUGAAAAGAAGUGUGGCAGAACUGGAGGAUGGGUUUCUGAGGCGAUACUUUCCCCUGUAG